AAGGAGUUGAGGGAGAGGUGAAAGCAGUAGGAGAGAGGAGGUGAGGGUGGAGGGAGUGAGUGAGGCAUUAACUGGGCUCACGCUCGCUCCCCGAUAACUCGGGGCGCCUCGCAAGCUCAAGAGACAGUCCGAGACAGCGGCGCCACCACCACCACCACCAUACAGGGUGCGUCCCGUGGGUGACGCACAGGGCUUUGAUAGCGGAAUCAUGAGGCGCGUCCGCGCCGCCAGACCUCGAGCCCAGAAUCACCAUCAUCAUCAGCUGCUGUUGCUGGUGGUGGUGGUCGUAGUGGGGCGUACCUCUGCGUGUUGGCUUAAGCCGCACUCCGGCUACGUCUCCUGUAUAAACAUGAAUCUCACGGAGCCGCCUCCUCGGGACUUUCUCCCCGCGAACACCACGAACCUGGACAUCUCCUUCAACAACAUAUUGCACCUCUCCAACACCUCGCUUCCGCCGCUGGGCUACCUCCAGGUGCUGCUGCUGGGCCGACAGCAGCAGGGCCUGGGUCGGGUGGUGGUGGAGGACCUGGCUUUUGCCGAGCUGCCCCAGCUUCGCUGGCUGGACCUCGGAGGCAACGGCCUCCUCGUCCUGAAGCCCCGCGCGCUGUGGGGUCUGCAUCGGCUCGAGAAGCUCCAGAUGGACUACAACGGCCUGAAGAAUGAGGUGCUGGAGGGCGACUUCUUUCGGGACCUCACCUCCCUGCGGGAACUCGACCUCACCGGCAACAACCUGCGGCGCGCACGGCUCAGUCGGGUCUUCCUCUCCAUGGUGGCCUUGAGGGUCCUCAAGCUCCGCAGAAACACGGAUCUGAAAAGUCUGUGCGAGGGAGACCUCGCGGCGCUCUCUGGACACCACCUCGAGUUGCUGGACCUGAGUGACACUAGGAUGUUCCAGGACACGGCCUUUAACUGGACAGAGUGUGGCAACCCCUUGUGCAACCUCUCCUUCGGCCUCCUGGACAUUUCGAGCACCACCUUUGACCCCAGCAGCCUGCAGCAUUUCCUUGAGAGUAUUCGCGGGGUUCCCAUAAAGAAGCUAAACUUGUGUUUCCUCCCCAACAUCGGCAGGUCCUUUGCAUUCAUGAACUUCAAGGACCCGGUGCGGGAGUGGUUCUUGGGACUGGAGAAGUCCGGCGUGGAAGUCCUGGACUUCUCGAGGAACCGCGUCUUCUCGCUGCAUCCACGCGUCUUCAGCGCGUUCCCUGCCGUGCACUCCCUGGAUUUGAGCAGAAACAAGGUGAACGAAAUCGCGCCGGGCGCCUUCCAGGGCCUCAAAAGCCUGGUGUUUCUCAACCUGUCUUACAACCUGCUCGGCGAGAUCUAUGAGAGGAGCUUCAAGGACCUAGUGAACUCCCCGCUAGGCAACGUUGACCUCAGCCACAAUCACAUCGGCAUCAUCCAGGACACCGCAUUCGCGGGCUUCCCAAAUCUCACCAUUCUGGACCUUAGGGACAACUCGAUCCUGCAGCUACCGCAGCUAAAGCUGCCCUCGCUGAGCUACCUCAUGCUGGGUGACAACCGCCUGAGCAACCUGUAUGGCCUGCAGACCAUGGAAAAGAGCCUCGUGUUCCUGGAUGUGAGACGCAACCGGUUGCACAACCUGGGCGAGGUGUGGACGGCCAUGGCGUCGCCACGUGUGCAGUUCCUGCUCUUUGCAGAUAACUUCCUAAGGGAAUGCCCACCCGAGGCCACCUCGUGGAGCCCAAACAAUAGCCUCGUCUACCUGGACAUUAGCGGGAACACGAUGGAGGCCGUGUGGGCCAGUGGCCACUGCAUGGACAUGUUCCACACACUGGGAGCACUGCAGAAGCUCUUCUUGGACAGAAACCUGCUCACGGCUCUGCCGGAUGGGCUCUUCCUUGGCCUGAGCUCACUGCUUACGCUCAACUUGUCCAACAACCACCUGAGCAGCGUGAGUGCCGCCUCGCUGGAGCCUCUGCGCAGCCUGGAGGUGCUGGACUUGGCAUGGAACCGCCUCGUGGUGCUGGACCCCAUGGCCCUGGGCCCCUUGGCCUUGCUACAGCUCCUGGACCUGCGCGGGAACCCAUUCCACUGCACAUGCGCGCUCAUGCCGCUCCUCGCGUGGCUGAACUCCUCGGCGAGCGCCGCCGUGGCCUCCUUUCCCGACGCCCUCCGGUGCGCGUCUCCGUCCGAGCUUCAGGCGGUACCGCUGGCGCUGCUCGACAGCCAGGGCUGCGAGGAGGAGGACCCGCAGCUGGUACGGCGCCUGCGCCUCUCGCUCCUCUGUGCUUCCUCCUCUGCGGUGCUGCUCCUCCUCGUCGCCAUGCUCGGACACCGCUGCUGCCGCCGCCACUUCUACCACGGCCUCGCGCGGCUCCGUGAGCUGCUCUUGACGUGGGAAUGGGGGGCGACCCCCAAGGCGAACGAGAAACGUGGCGGUGGUGCAGAGUUUUAUUACGACACCUUCGUGUGCCAUAGCGAGGCAGAUUUCCCGUGGGUCCGUUCUGAGCUCCUGCGCCGUUUGGACUCGCGCGGGGGUCGCGGAGGCCCCCUGUCCGUGUGCCUGGAGGCCCGCGACUUCGUGCCAGGCGAGGCCCACAUGGACAACCUGGUCCGCGCCGUGGACGCGAGUCGCUGCACGCUCUGCGUGCUUACACGCCGCUUCCUAGCCGACAGCUGGUGCAUGGAGGCCCUGAGGCUGGCGCAAGGUCGCGGAGGGGCCCUUGGGACCCGCCAAGAUGUGCUCGUGCUGCUGCUGCUGGGCUCCCUGCCCGAGUUUCAGCUGCAGAGGCAUAGGCCCGUGAGGGCCCACUUGCAGGCGGGCCGGCCCUGUGUGCGCUGGCCCGAGGACCCACAGGACCGAGACUGGUGCGCAGAUUUGCUCUUGGCGAUGAUCAGGGAGGAGGUAUCGUGCGAAGGCCCCCAGGGGGGCACGCGGUUCCGCAUGCGGUCCCUCAGGGCUGCGGGACCUCCCACGUGAAGGUGGGGGGAGGAUGGGGGAGAGGGGAGGGUGCUUUGCCUGGAACCACCAGAAUCAGAAUCUUUAUUUAGACUGGAAUAAUCUGAUGAGCUAUGAAGCUUUUUUCACAUGUCCAGUGGGGGCAGGUCAGACAGUUUCAACAACAAAUUAUACUUUUGAUUUAAAGCAUUCGUGACUGCAGGGAUUCAUAUCCUUGGUUCUUUCGGUAAAGUCACGUAGAAGGGAAAUAAUAAAAUGAUUGCUUGUGUUGCAGUCGAAACGUCGUGAGAAUUUUAUUGUUUUAUAUUUUUAUUAUUUCCCUUCUACGUGACUUUACCGAAAGAACCAAUAAUAACAAAUUAUACAUCAACGUAUAGGAGUGCAAAGUACAGGAAAGCCAAGCAAGUCACUAAAUAUAAAUUAUAAGUAUAAAUUGAAUAAAGUUUCUAAGUACAAAUUGCAUAAGUACAUCAAUUCCUGCUAAUUUUUCAACACCCAAUGCAAUCUUGGGCAAGGCAGCAAAACAAAAACAAUCCCAGACCACCCCAAGACAACACACAGUCCCUCAAUAAAAUUGCACAUGCAAAUGUAAUUAUAGAUACAUGGGGAAAGUUCAAAAUGACAUAUCAAAUUGUCAAAUGUUUGUAGUAUCCAGCACUAAUCUGCUUCAGCAUUUGUUAAAUGAACAUUUAAGAUGUUAAGGGAGGAAACAAGGUUGUUCCAAAACGUUGGUGUUGCAACGGCAAAGGCUUUGUCACCUAUUCCAAUUCUUGUUCUUGGGACAUUUAAAAAGCAAUUACAUGGACAUCUUAGGUUUAGCGGGUUUAACAAUGAGAUUAAUGAAUUCGCUAGGUAUGGCACAGAUUUGCCAAUCAGGAUUUUAUGGAUUAAUAGGGCCCAAUGUAGAUGUCUUCUUGUAUCGAGUCAUGUGAGAUUGAAUUGUAAUUAGAGGUCACAUUGGUGAGUAUAUAUGGCACAUCCAGUGUAAAUCGAAGAGCAGAAUGAUUGUUUAGUGAUUCAUGAGUAGCUGAUCUGUAAGCAGUCUCACAGUAGUCAAAAAGUGGUAGAAUGAUAGCUUGAACAGUUUGCAGGUGCAAACGAAUGGGGAAACAAUGUUUGUAUCUUUAUAAAAAAAACACAUUUUGUAUUUGAUUUUCUUUGAGAUGUGAUCUAUAUGACGGUUGGAAUGUAAGCUUUGAGUCAAUCAGUAAAUCUAAGUACUUGAUACAAUCCGUGUGUUCGAUUAUUAUGUUUCUGAUAUCCGUAACAGCUG